AUGGCAAAUAAAGGAACCACAAUUAAAGCUGCAUUAGCGGAAUGGCAGGAACAAAAUAAAAUAGAGUUAUCAAAAGCCACGAAAGUUGAAUUGCAAUUUCGAUGGCCACCAAUUGAAAAAAUGGACAAUAGUUUAUCAGUUUUAACAAACUGCGAAUUAUUAUCAUUGAGCACAAAUUGCAUCGAGAAAAUAAAUGGCCUUGCGAAUUUAAAAAAUCUGAAAAUAUUAGCCUUAGGGCGAAACAAUAUAAAGUCUUUAAGUGGACUGGACUCACUGGCUGAUACUUUGGAGGAAUUGUGGAUUUCAUAUAAUUAUAUUGAUAAAGUGAAAGGCGUAUUAGGUUUGCACAAGCUAAAAGUGUUGUAUAUGUCUCACAAUAACAUUGAAAGUUGGAGUGAAGUAGUAAAACUCAAUACAUUGGAAAGCCUUCAAGAUUUAAUACUUAAGGGAAAUCCAUUGCCUGAGGCAUUAGGCGAAAAAGCAUGGCAAACCGAAUGCAUAAAUAAGCUUCCCAAAAUAUCAAUAUUAGAUGGAAUUCCAAUUAUAAGAGAUUCUGAUAUCUAA